AUGUCAGCAGGUGUCACUUGGGAUGGAAACAUCAACUACCGAAUGCUGAUGUAUGUGGGAGGUUAGAGGACAACAGCAGUGGAAAAAUGGGGAGUGCAUUCGCGCGCUUGCGGACGAGUAGUAACAGGGCAGUCAGCGUAAACUUGCAACAGCGGUGUACCCCACCGGAAGCGCUUGCAGUAUCACAGGGUACACUACAUAAAUUCCUUUUGGUCAGCAAGAAGGUAGAUGAUUUCUUUCGGUUUUGUAUCGUUUGGCCGACCAGCGGAGUACCAGUGCAAAAGAUGUACUAUCUCAUUAACUGUUAGUGGAAAUUCUGAAAUACAUUUACGAUUCCAUAAAAUUACUUGAGCAGGGUUUAAAUAUUAAUUAUCAUGCAACGUAAUUCUGAGAUAUUUCAGUCACGCCGGAAUGCCGGCUUCUGAGUGAGUUACUUAAGUAGGGUUUUACUAUUAAUCAUCAUGCAGCAUAAUCCCAUAAUAAUCCAGUUACUUCAGAACGCCGGCUUUUGAAAAAACUUUCCUGUUGCCUGCAAAAUUUAAACUUUGUAAAAAAUGGCUGCUCAAAUAGUGUGAAUUUUCUCCUUGAUUUUUGAUGCCUUUAUAAGUCCAUAUAUACCAUUAAAAACACGCAUAAAUAUAUUCAUUCUUUUACUCAUUUGGUAGAAAAUUACCUCAUUUUUGAUUUUGGAUUUGAAAAAGCGUAUAAUUCGGCCUUAAAGGAGUUUCCCAUCAUGAGAUUUUAUAAGAACGUGAAAUGCCCGUUCAUAAAACAUCGUGUCGUUGCAUUUACUAAUGUUGCCUGUAACGUUGACAUUUGGGCUAAAUUUUAUGAACCGCAUAUUAUCUCCUCUUAACAGGGUAUAGAAAUGCAUGAUUGACCGUACACGGAAAAUAUACAGCUUGUAGUUUUCAAACCCUAAGUGCAGGUCGGGUUCAAAAUUAUUCGGGAAUAGGAAAAAUUUUAAAGCCAAUUUGCUUUUUCUUCAAGCCUAAAAUCUUAAGACGCAAGUUUCUUACCAAGCUAAAUAAAGAAUGAAUAUUUUAUUCAUACUAAAUAAGUAGCUAUUUUCUGCAAAGAGUUGUUUUUGGAGGCGGACGAAAAGGAGUUUGUUUAAAAACCGGCAUCCUGAAGAAAAUGAAUUAUCAUGGGAUUGUGCUGCAGGCUGAGUAAAACUACAACCCUACUUAAGGAAUUUUUCGAGUCAGAAACGCAUUUAAGAAUUUCGGCUAACAUUUGUAUGUGUCAACUCAUCUGCUGUAAGUGCAAAUACCCUGGGGGAGGCGGUUUGAGCACUCAAAAACUUUGCAGAGACCCAGUUUAUAAUCUAAUUUAGUUUUAAUAUUGCUGGUAGUAUAGGCUACGCCUGAGAGGCUACUGGCCGUCACCGGUCUAAUCAAUCUCCGGGUUGAAAUAACAGCCUUAGACAUCUACCAUUGAAUGGGCUAAAAACGCAAAGGAUCGUCUGUGUGGCUAGGCAUUCAGCUGGUACAAUCUGCUCAUCUCCGAGUGAUGCCACGAGAAAUUGCCAAGCAUUGAUGCCAUUCGCGGUGAGUUUCUAGAUGACUCCCGGCCAAAAACAAUCCGGACGGCUCAUGCAACAGAUGGUGGACUGGCCUGGCCAUGCGAAUGCAAAUUAAUUAGUCUCCGCAAAUAAUGGCACAGCUCCGGCGUUUUGGCCGUCAACUCCAAAAACUGUUUCCCGCUGAACGCUCCUGACUCCUUAAUUGCGGUCACUUUGCGUGCUCAGAACUGUGACCAGCAUUUUUUGGAAGUGGGAGCGCGCACGCAUGCAUUCGGAGACAGGCAACAUUUUCAGUGCCACGAUCCGCUAAGAUGCACACUUCCCUGUGGUUAAAGUUAGAUGCUGAUGCACGUAGUCAGCAUAUAGCGCCAGCGAAUCUCAGGAAAAACACAAUUUCAGUUGAUCAAGUUGCCGGGGAGAGAGUUUGCGUAUUCGAAUAGGGGACAUGCUUGUCCAGCUGUCACUUGGGGCAGUCGCUUGGUGAUUAGUAGUAUAUGCAAGGCGGAGAAAGGGCAAAGACAAGAAGGGCUCACAUGGUGGCUUCUGGCUACUUAAACUUCCUCAGUCAGUCCUAACUAACUCCGGGUCUUCGCGACCUAGGAUUCAAACGAGUAUGCCCUUGGUCACUCUGUGUUAUUAAAUCCAACCCCCGUAGGCCGGUUUCUUUGUCAGUUGAGAUCCGGUCCCAUGACCCCAUCCUUGAAGACACCUCCAUCAUAAUAAAUACACCACAUACACUAUUCCGUAAAAUGUUAUCCGAAGCCCCGAAAUAUAUUUUCGACUCGAAGAGGUUACUUAAGUGGGAUUGUAAUAUUAAUAAUCGUCCAGCAUAAUUCCGAGAGACUUCAGUCAUGACAGGAUACCGACCCUUGAAUGAGCUUAUUUUCGACCGUCCGCAAAAAUAAAUGACUACUUAAGUAGUACAAAGUUUUCUUUCGAUUGUUGACGCUCCUAUGAAUCCGAUUAUAUUUUAUAGGGGAGAUAUAUAGAACUGUUUUUCCUUGUACGCAUUUGGUAACACAUUACGUCCGCUUCAAUUUUUUACCCAAAGAAAGAAUAUUUUUCAGCUCCAAAAGGUUUCUAAUUUUAGUGUUUUUAAAGGCUGCGAAAUGUCCCCUCGUAUCGCAUCGCAGCAGCAUUUUUAUUGGUGCUGUUUGUAAAGUAUACAACCUGGUCCAUAUACAUCGCGUAAUUCCAUUAGUGUUAUAGGACACCUUCCUAGAAACCUAGAUGAACAAGUGAUAUUUCUUUAACGGAAAGCCUCCAGAAUGUACAGUGCGUGACCGAUCUAAUGAAAUGUUAGCCAAAAUUCUGGAAUGCGUUUCCCAUUAGGAGGGAUUACUUAAGUGGGGUUGUUAUACUGAUUAUCAUGCAGCAUAACCCUAUAACAUUUCGGACUCGCCAGAAUGUCGGCUUUUGAAUGCACCUUUUUUCUGACCACCUGCAGUAACCACACUCGUUAUAAAAUGACUACUUAUGUAGCAUACAUUUUUCACAUUGAUUUUCCAUAGGCGCAUGUUUCUUACCAAAUGCGUGAAGGAAUGGAUAUUUUUAUUCAUACUAAAAAAGUAGCUGGCGCAAUGGCAGAUAAGGCUCAACAUUAUUCGGGAAUUGGAAUACUUUUUUAAAACCUAAAUACACAUUGUCUUCGGGCAUAAAAUAGAAAGACAAUUUGAUUUCCUUCCAAAUGAGCAAAAGAAAAUAUAUUUUGUACAUGUUUUCUAUAAAAUGUAUUUGAAUGUAUAAGACCAUUGGUGGUGGGGCAAAAAUUUAUAUUGGAAUUUAAAUAAUUUUUGACAACUGCAUUCGGCUUUCUUGAAGUAUGCAAUUUGAAAAGUACGUAAUGUGCUAUCUAUAUAGUAAAUAAAGUCGAAUUUAUAGUAGAAGAAGAAGAAGAAGGAGAAGAAGAAGAAGAAGAAGAAGAAGAAGAAGCUGAAGAUGAAGAAGAAGAAGAAGAAGAAGAAGAAGAAGAAGAUGAUGAUGAUGAUGAUGAUGAUGAUGAUGAUGAUGAUGAUGAUGAUGAUGAUGAUGAUGAUGAUGAUGAUGAUGAUGAUGAUGAUGAUGAUGAUGAUGAUGAUGAUGAUGAUGAUGAUGAUGAUGAUGAGGAUGAUGAUGAUGAGGAUGAUGAUGAUGAUGAAGAGGAAGAAGAAGAAGAAGAAGAAGAAGAAGAAGAAGAAGAAGAAGGCGUAAUAUGCCACCAUAUGAGUACAUGA